GAAGCGAAAUAAAAAAAAAAAAAUCAGUCAAGAAAAAAGGGGUGGCGAAUCUAUGGAAGAGGCAGGACAAACAGGCACAAAGAAGAGGAAAAUGGGGGAGAGAAGAGAGGACGGCAUCGGUGGUAAAAAUUCAUCAUCGAAGACGAAGUGGCCUCUCAUAAAACCUAAGAAAAAUCUCCAGAUUACUCGCAUAAAAGAUACCGAUCUCUUUACGGUGCAGAAUUUCUUCACACCUGCAGAAUCAAAGGCAUUCAUCAAAGCUGCAGAAUCUAUUGGUUUUGUUCACCAAGGGAGUCUUGGUCCAACAAGAGGAGAAGCAUAUAGAGAUAAUGAUAGAGUAUCUUCGAAUGAUUCUGCUCUUGCCAAUGCAGUAUGGGAGUCUGGACUCAACAAAUUAUUUUCUGAUAUUAAAAUAAGAGGAAAAGUUGCUGUUGGCUUGAAUCCAAAUAUCAGAUUUUACAGGUACAAGGUGGGCCAGCGUUUUGGACGACAUAUUGAUGAAAGUGUUGAUCUUGGGGAUGGGAAGCGCACACAUUAUACUCUUCUAAUAUAUUUAAGUGGUGAUUCUAAAGCCAAAAUUAAAAAGGAACCAAAUGGCUCAAAGGAUUCUCCUUCAGAGCCUUUAGUUGGAGGAGAGACUGUCUUUUAUGGUUCAAGAAAUGGUGUUGUGGCCGAGGUCGCCCCAACCGAAGGGAUGGCUCUACUGCACAUUCAUGGAGACAAAUGUAUGCUGCAUGAAGCUCGAAAUGUUACCAAAGGUGUCAAAUAUGUGUUCCGCUCUGAUGUAAUUUUUGCUUGAAGAGUGGUUAUCAUUUUCAAAAGAAGCAAAAUUGUUGGCUUAUAUCUAUCAAGUUGGACAAUGCAGGGCAAAGAGUAAAGUUGGUAUGAGAUGAAGAUGGAGUACACAAAAUUGAAAAUCCUGUACUGCAUUAAAUAAAUAAACUAAAACUAAAGAAAAUGAAAUGUCUGAUAAAGAACUCCAAAGAAGUGAAGUGAAAAUGAAUUUUGCGGUUUGCAAGACUAUUGGUUGGUUGGUGACUUGGUGUACCGAGUUGCGGGUACUGCAAUUAAACCUUUCUCCUGGUCUUGGACUGGACUGGUUGGAAUAAAACAGAAGAUUGAACAUGCGUUUUUUGAUAUUCAGUACGCCAUGCGCUUUACCUAUCUUGGGCUCUCAGGGUGAUGCUAUCUAUGUAUGAAGCAGCUUCCGUUGUCAAUUGUAAUUUGUAUACAACUCUUCAUGUUAUGUCUUUUGUGUGGCAAAACCCCAUUUGUUAUGCUCCAUAACAUCAAUUAUUUCUCCUCUCAAUUUUUUAUAUACAAUAUAUUGGCUUGAUAUAUUAUCAUUUCAAUUUUUAAAA